CCCUAUCCCCCCCCCCCCCCCAUUGACCUGAAUGCCGUUUCCCCGCAGAAAAAGGCGCUGCUGGCACUAAAGAAGCAGCAGAGUAACACCGGGCCCAGCAGUCAGGGGGGCAUCAAGCGCUCCAUGUCGGACCAACCCCCUGUGGACACUGCCACGGCCACGGAGCAGGCCAAGCUGCUGGUGAAAUCCGGAGCCAUCAGUGCCAUCAAGGCUGAGACCAAGAACUCAGGCUUCAAACGGUCCCGCACAUUGGAGGGGAAGCUGAAGGAUCCUGAGAAGGGCCCAGCCCCCACCUUCCAGCCUUUCCAGCGCAGCGUUUCAGCUGAUGAUGACACCCCUGAGUCACGGCGACCCCAGAGAAAAUCACUCUAUGAGAGUUUCGUCUGCACCAGCAAGCACCUGCGGGACCCUGAAGCUGGUGGGGGACGUGGGGACCCCCCUGAGAGGGGAGAGCGCGACAGCCGCUUGGACUGGGAGCAGGAGCCGGAGCCUGAGGAGCGGGGGAGGCGAGAGCGCGAGGCUGCAUUCAGACGUUCUGACUCGUUCCCUGAGCGCCCCUCCCCGCGGAAGGGCAACACGCUGUACGUGCACGGAGCCGAGCUGAGCCCCGAGCUGCUGCGCAGCGCCUUCGCGCCAUUCGGAGCCAUCAUCGACCUCUCAUUGGACAGCCCGCGCAAGUGGGCAGGGCUAAAGGGCAGGGGGCGGGGUUCGUCAGUGCCACUGAACGGCGCCGUGGUGCAGGACAUGCAGCUCCGUGUCAGCAUCGCCCGCAAGCAGCCGCUGCUCGAUGCCGCCACUGGGAAAUCACUCUGGGGAUCCCUGGCCGUAAAGAACAGUGCCAAGGGCUCACACCGCGACAAGCGGGCGCAGGUGGUGUACAAUGAGGACCUCUUCGGGGUGCAAUAAAGGUUUAGUGCACACAGCA